GUCAGUAUCUGUGUUGGGGUGGGGAACAGUCUGUGUAAUGCCCCCCUCUCAAGAAUCUGAACCGCAGUACCAACAAAGGUGUAGGAGGGGGCAAUAUUCACAGUUACGAGAUGGUGGCUUAAUGUGUCACUCCUCCCCUUCACCUCCAAGAGCUAGGGGAGCCAGAUGCUUUGGCAGAGUGCAGGGCCCAGAUGCACCUCUUGCCCACACCGCCGGAACCCCAGAGCUGCGGACUGAGUGUUGGCUCCCAGGCCUGGCUGUUACGACGCCAGAGUCGCACACUCUUAAGCGCGCUGCAGCAAACUUUACCCACUUGGGUUCCUGCGUCUCGUGGGAGCUCCCGACGCACUGAAAAGCAGCUGCGGCAGCGCCUAGUGCAGGCCAAGCGGAGGCUGGAGUCGCUGCGGGCUCUGCUGAGGGAGACCGCAGGCCAGGAAGAGUCUGACGCCGAGUGGGUGGUGCUCAGACUGAGCUCACAGCGGCCUCUGCAGGCCUUCCUCCAGACAGAGGUGCUGGAGCUGAGCCAGCUGGUGGGAGCAGUGCUCCAGGACCUGGAUUGCCUGUUGCAGCAGCUGCAGGGUGCGCCCCCGUGUGCUUCCCCGCGCUGUGUCGCGGUGGCUCAAGCUCUCUGGACUGGCCGCCUACCUCCGCCUUGGCGUCGCCAUGCGCCUGCCGGCCCACAGCCACCCUGGCACUGGCUGCGACAGCUGUCACGCCGUGGGCAGCUGUUGGUUCGCUACCUAGGCGUGAACACCAACGUACCAGAGCGCAUCUUUCACCUAUCAGCCUUUUGCCACCCACGCCGCCUGCUGCUGUCACUGCAUUGGGAGGCUACCUUUGCUACGGCCGCCCUGAACCCGUCUGUGCCUAGCUCAAAUUUACCUGCCUUCCAAGGCUCCGCUCCAGUGGGCUCCCCCAUAAUCAGGAGCCUGAAACAGCAACCCUUAACCCUGCCAACCGUAUCUCAUGAACCAUUCACGUAUCUGCCCCUCAAUCCCAGCUUCCCCCCUCCAUUUACACUUCGCCCCUCAAUUCCCUGA